GAAUUAAAAAGAGAAGUAGAAUAAAUCGUUACCCGGGAAAGUAGAUUGUCAACAUAAUAUCUUCUCCUGAAAACAUGCUUUUAGCGUAUCGGUUCUGCAUUCAAGAUUUACUCAUGUAUCUUACAAUCUACACCAAAUGAUUUUGUUCUUUUUAUCCUGAUAUAAGGUACCAAAACUGCUCAGAAUGUAAAUAAAUCUCACAAACGCUGUUUUGAACAAAGGCCAAAUAUGGAUGGCACGUGAGAAAGUAGACGUUUUGCAGUGGCGUUAUCCGAGCCAAUAUCAAAAUGCCUGCUGCUCGAGUGUCACCUGUUAACAGCAACAACCAUUCUAACCCUGCCCUGCAGGCCCUGAGAAAUUCCACAUGCAGCUCUAGUUCCGAAUGCCCUUCAUUACAAGAAUCGAAUGAGGAUGAGAAGGAAGAAACGUGCGAUUCUCUGUCACCUUAUCAGAAAGUUGUGAAUAAGCUUCAGACAGAUGAAAGAUGGCACAAAGAGAUAUCUCUUGGACGACGCAUUGGAUUCUACAGAAUCAAAGAAGAACUGGGAACUGGAAACUUUUCACAAGUGAGAGCUGCCAUUCAUGCUCUUACAAGAGAAAGGGUAGCAGUAAAAAUUUUAGACAAGUCAAGGUUAGACAACAAGACUCAAAUGAUGCUGGCAAGAGAAAUCUCAUCCAUGGAGAGCUUACAUCAUCCCCAUAUUAUCCGCCUCUAUGAAGUUUUGGAGACACUCUCCAAAAUAUACCUGGUCAUGGAGUACGCAAAUGGUGGAGAGCUCUUCCAUAAAAUAUCCCAAAACGGCCGUUUUACAGAAAAAGCUGCACGACCCCUAUUUGCACAAAUUACGGCUGCUGUUGAUCACAUGCACCUUCAUAACAUCGUACAUCGAGACCUGAAAGCAGAAAAUGUCUUUUUCUCAGGACCAAACACUGUGAAAGUUGGCGAUUUCGGUUUCAGCACGCAGGUUCAGAACAAGUUUGAACCACUACGAACCUUUUGUGGUUCUCCUCCAUACGCUGCACCAGAACUCUUCAGAGACGACAGCUACGUUGGUCCUAUGGUUGACGUUUGGGCCCUCGGUGUAUUGCUCUACUUCAUGUUGACAGCCUCGAUGCCAUUCAAAGCACAGACAGUGUCUGGUUUAAAAAAGCAAAUCUUAGAUGGAGACUACACCAUACCCGACUACCUAAGCAGUGAACUACAUUUUUUGAUAGUUGGUAUUUUGAAGCAAGACCCAAAACAAAGAACUUCUCUCGACCAGAUUAAGAAGUCUAACUGGCUUACAGGACAAACAUUACCAUCACCAUUGCCAAAAGACAAUUUGUUGUCCGCGGUUGAAGACUGCAACGGGAAUGGAACCAUUUUGUCCUCCGUAGAACUUUCCGUAAAACAAACUUUAAAAGAUUUAGGAGUUACUGACGAAAUGAUUGAAUAUGAAAAAAAUAAAGGCUCCAGAAGUAGUGUUAUUGGUACCUAUAGAAUUAUUCUUCAUCGCAAUGUGUCUAGAACUGAAAACGUUCCAGUAAUUUUGCCAGCUACAGAAACACCAAAGUUCCUAAAACUUAGUGCGAGUCCUAAAAAACCAAAAACAAAGAAGAAUAAAAAGUCGAAAAUGUGUACUAUUUUGUAAAUAUAUAUGUGUGUAAAUGUUACUUAAUAAAAAGUAUUUUAUCUAAAA